GGAUGGAGUUAGCGAGGCAAGAUCGAUCACCGAAAAACUCGAUUGGGUUUGCUUUUCGUAACUCAGUCAAAGACUCGUAAACACAGCUCGGUCCAGCAGUUUGAACCCGGAGCGAAGAGGAGAUAACAAGGAGUGGUCCUCUAAGCCUGUGCCUGCCUGCCAGCCUCCUCCACGAUCUUCAAGCCUCCAGAGCGAUGGAGUUCCCGUGGCACAGUGGGAAAGUUCUGGAGCAGCUUGAUCGGCAACGCAAGCAGGGCCUGCUGUGUGAUUGCACCUUUGUAGUGGAUGGGGUGGACUUCAAGGCCCACAAAGCUGUGUUAGCGGCCUGCAGUAUCUACUUCCGCACCCUCUUCUUGGACCAGAAAGAUGUGGUGCAUCUGGACAUCAGCAAUGCAGCAGGUUUGGGUCAGGUCCUGGAGUUUAUGUACACAGCCAAGCUGAGUUUAAGUCCACAGAAUGUAGAAGACGUGCUUGCUGUUGCCAACUUUCUACAAAUGCAAGAGAUUGUAAACGCCUGCUCUGCUUACCAGUCGAUGGCAAACCCAGCUCCUUCCCUCAUAACACUGGAUUUCACCGUUGAAGAAAAAGCAGGUGAAAAGGAGCAGAAAGAGGAGCUGGAAGGCAACCUAGCAGAAGUGCCAUCACAAGUGGAGGAGCCUCCUUCUGACGCUCCCACUGAAGAUCAAGAGCCCACACAAAAUCAGGACAAUGUAGGGGAAGACGUCUCUGCCGAAACACAAGAGACUGCUUCUCAGCCCAGCCCUGCCAGAACCAACUCAGGCCGAGGACGACCCCCCAAAACCAGCCCCCUUUCUGCCCAGAAGAAGACGCCUGUAAAGAAGGAAGGAGGGAGCACCGAACAAGAUGCACCUGGAUUUCAGGACGACCCCUCUGACGCCGACUACACGCCCAAGUCACAGCUGAAAUCUGGCGGCAGCUCAUCCUACAUGAGCUCUCGAGGGAGAAGAAUCAGAAAACCUCCUCGACGAAACUUCCCACCCGACAACGACUCAGAGGAUGAAGACACGUCAAAGACGAAACCCGAGAAGAAGGUGGCGGAGCCGGCUCAGGUGGCCGAAGACCAGGAGGAGGACGACUUUGGGGAGGCUGGUGAUGGGGGAACUGAUGAUGAUGAAGAUGAUGAUGAUGAAGAAGAAGAGGCUGGAGAGGAAGAUGGCGAGGACGGCCAGCAGGCGGGAGGAGGCGACUCCAGCGGCGAGAGAGACGGGAGACAAACCCAGGCAGCGUCGAUGAGCAGCCGGUCCGAGUCAAAGCCUUACAGCUCCGUGACGCACAAAUGUGAGGACUGUGGGAAGAAAUUCACCCACACUGGUAAUUUCAAGAGACACAUGCGCAUUCACACGGGAGAGAAGCCGUUCAGCUGUCGGGACUGCAACAAGGCUUUCUCUGACCCAGCAGCCUGUAAAGCCCACGAGAAAACACACAGCCCUCUGAAGCCGUACUGCUGCUCCACCUGCGGGAAGAGCUACCGCCAGAUCAGCCUGCUCAACCUGCACCGCAAACGUCACACAGGUGAGGCGCGCUACAGCUGCGACGUGUGCGGCAAGCUCUUCACCACAUCCGGAAACCUGAAGCGGCAUCAGCUGGUGCACAGCGGCGAGAAGCCGUAUCACUGCGACUACUGCGAGAAGGCCUUUUCUGACCCCACGGCCAAGAUGCGACACCUGGAGACGCACGACACGGAGAAGGGCAACAAGUGUCCACACUGCGAGAAACGCUUCAACCAGCUGGGAAAUCUGAAGGCUCACUUAAAAAUCCACAUUACAGACGGGCCUCUCAAGUGCAAAGAGUGUGGCAAACAGUUCACCACUUCAGGAAAUCUGAAGAGACACCUGCGGGUUCACAGCGGGGAGAAACCGUACGUCUGCGUUCACUGUCAGAGAGCUUUCAGCGACCCCGGAGCUCUGCAGCGACAUGAACGCAUCCACACAGGAGAGAAGCCCUGCGUCUGUCUUAUCUGCGGCAAAGCCUUCACCCAGGCCAGUUCGCUUAUCGCUCACGUCCGCCAGCACACGGGAGAGAAGCCUUAUGUGUGUGAUCGCUGCGGCAAAAGGUUUGUGCAAUCCAGUCAACUGGCCAAUCACAUUCGGCACCACGACAACGUCCGUCCACACAAGUGUCAGAUGUGCAACAAAGCAUUUGUCAAUGUGGGAGACCUGUCGAAGCACAUCAUCAUACACACAGGGGAGAAACCUUUCCUGUGUGAUAAAUGCGGCCGAGGGUUCAACCGUGUGGACAACCUCCGCUCCCACGUCAAGACCGUCCACCACGGCAAGGCCGGCAUGAAGCGGCUGGUCGUAGCCGGGGGCAGCGCGGACGAGGGGGCUGAUGUGUGCGCAGGCACGGCCACCUCUGACAACGAGAUCAACAUAGUUACUGUAACCACGGAGGACAUCGUCACCCUGGCAACCGAGGCCCUGGCAGGCAGUGCCGUAGCUCAGCUGACAGUAGUUCCAGUGGCGGCUUCAGUGUCGGCAGAUGAGACAGAGGCUUUGAAAGCUGAAAUCACCAAAGCCGUAGAGAAAGUGCAAGAAGCAGACCCCAACACGCAGAUCUUAUACGCUUGUGAUUCAUGUGGUGAUAAAUUCUUGGAUGCGAGCUCCCUGGCCCAGCACGUUCGCAUCCACACAGCUCAGGCCUUGGUCAUGUUUCAGGCAGAUUCUGACUUCUACCAGUACACCACAGCCACCGCUGCUGAGGGGGAUACCGCCACAACAUGGCAACCCACAACUGAGCAGGUCAUUCAGGAAGGGGAAAACUGAUCUGCCGUGCCCAGGACAGAAAGGGAGAAACAGAGGGAGGGAGGAUGGAGAAGUGGAAACCCACACUGAGCUCCGAACAGAGGGAAAAGAUAAGCUGCAGCAGAG